AUGAGCCUUCCUUGUAUCUUCAAUCCCCCUACUGAAGAUGAACACUAUCUUCUCAGCUACGAUGAAAGACGUGCUUUAGCAAAGCUGCAUUUCGGCAUCAAGCGUGCCGCCGGACACUUUGGCAAGAUGGCUUACAUUGUUGGAAAGAAAGGCACAGAAAUCCUUAACCAAUUGGUUCAUGCUGUUCUCAAUAGCAAUCCCCAUCACAAUGCAGUUCUCUUUCAAUCGCUUAACCAGUGCUGGUCAGCAGAGGAAGAUAAUGAUAUUUUAAAAUCAACAAAACCAUGGGGCUACUGGUGGGACCCUGGACAUAAAGCCCAUAUAAUUAAAGGUGGUCCAUCUGAGUCUGCAGCACAAGCUCAUUCCGCCGCUCCGGCGGCAGCCCAGCACUCCGAAAGGCCUACGGCGGGAGUGUUUCACCCCAAUCAACCCUCAGCGGAUGCUUCUUACACCAUUUUGUCGAUUUCUUCAGCUUUAAAGCAUCAAAAGAGCUCCGGAAGUUCCAAAAAAAUAGCUCCACAAGCUCCAGCAUCAAAGGCAAAGGAUAGUUUUCCUUCAGGACCUCAGGACUCCAAACAACCUUUUGGAAGCCACUCCGCUGCCCCGCCAGUUGCCAAUACUUGGGAUCAUAUGUCUCCCAUUGCCAUCUCGGACCAUAGGCCUCCAUACUGUCCCAAAUGUGGGCAGCCAAUUUUUACAUGUGUUAUGAGAUCUUUGGCCAAUCUUCGUCUUAACCUUGCAGAUAUGAGGAAAACUGCUGAUGAAGCUGUAGCCCACUUUUCCGACCUGGUGGGCAGAUAUUUAAUCAUAGAAAACAUAGCUUACGAGUAUGGGAGGCCUCCCUUUGAGCAUAACUUUCUAUUCCCUGACGAAUACAAGCUUCAGCAUCCAGUUCACCCAAAACCUGAUGGCUGGAAUGUUUGUCUAUCUGAAAUGCAAUACAAUGCUCUUUCUCAAAUGAAUGAUGCCUCAUUCUGUAUUAAUGGCAUCUUUUAUUCAUUUGUCGCCUUGAAAGAGCUUUCUUUUCACCCCCCUUGGUUGUAUUCUACACCAUUAUCCAGGGUUGUCAACGUUCAAACGGCUCCGGAGACUGCUGCCAAAACAUUGGAUCCAAACGUCAUCCCGGUCAAACCUUUUGCCGUUUUGGCUUCUAGUUCUUCCGCAAACGAGGUAUUUGUUCUGGAUCCACGAGCAUCCUUGAACAAUUAUAGAGAAAAUAAUGACGACUGUGCGUCUUCCUCUUCUUCUGGCACAUCUGUUCCUGCAGAUUAUUUAGAACAAUUGGCAGAACAAAUUGAAGAUGAAGAAGAUUUUGAAGAGUUUUCAGACGUGAUAGAAGACUCAGAAGUUUCCAAUGAUGAAACACAAUCUCAUAACGACUGGAGCUAUGAAGAUGAAGAUCAAGACGGUGGUUACAAUUUAAAUAACAAUUUCAAUACUUUGCAUUGA